AUGAAGCUCGUCAGAUUUCUGAUGAAAUGCGCGAAUGAGACCGUCACCAUCGAAUUGAAAAAUGGCUCCAAAGACCCCAUUGACAUAUCUUCAGGCACGAUUCUUCAUGGAACUAUCACGGCUGUCUCUCCUCAAAUGAAUACCAACCUCCGCGCCGUCAAGAUGACACCGAAAGGCCGCGAUCCUAUAGCUUUGGAUACCAUAAACAUCCGCGGCUCGACCAUCCGAUAUUACAUACUUCCGGACAGCCUACCUCUAGAUACUCUACUGAUAGAUGAUGCGCCUAAACCGAAGAACAAAGCUCGGAAAGAGCAGGAUAGAGGUCGGGGGGCCGAGGGCCAAUGCGAGGAAGGGGCAGGGGAGGAGGAGGAGGAGGAGGAAGGGGCCGGGGGAGAGGUGGAGGGAGAGGCUUCUGAUCGCUUUCGCGGGAGAGCGUGGAGUAUCACACUGAGUUGGCAAAAAGUUUUCUAG